UUUGCGGCGGCCGAGCUUGCGGCGGCGGCGCCGGGGCCGCGGACGCGGGAGGACGCGCUAGAGGACCUGCGGCGGUGUCCCGAGCCCGCGGACCGUGGAGCGCGAGCGCUGAGGUUUGAGGUUUUCACUGGCAGAUAGUACCUGUAGAAAGCUGCUAGCGGUUUUAUAAAAAGCUGUCCUUUUGUCUUUCUUGAGUUUGAUCUUGAACAUGGGCGGUGCUGUGAGUGCGGGUGAGGACAACGACGAACUAAUCGAUAAUUUGAAAGAAGCACAGUAUAUCCGGACAGAACUGGUGGAACAGGCUUUUAGAGCUAUUGAUCGAGCGGAUUAUUAUCUGGAGGAGUUUAAAGAAAAUGCCUACAAAGACUUGGCAUGGAAGCAUGGAAACAUUCACCUGUCAGCCCCAUGCAUCUACUCAGAGGUGAUGGAGGCCCUGGAUUUGCAGCCUGGGCUCUCGUUUCUGAACCUGGGCAGUGGUACUGGAUACCUCAGCUCCAUGGUUGGCCUCAUUUUAGGUCCUUUUGGUGUGAACCAUGGGGUGGAGCUUCAUUCUGAUGUGAUAGAGUACGCAAAACAGAAACUGGACUUCUUCAUCAGGACAAGUGACAGCUUUGACAAGUUCGACUUCUGUGAGCCCUCCUUCGUUGCUGGCAACUGCCUGGAGCUCUCCCCAGGGUGCUCUCGCUACGACCGAGUGUAUUGUGGGGCCGGUGUGCGGAAGGAGCAUGAGGAGUACAUGAAGAGCCUGCUCAAGGUCGGGGGCGUCCUCGUCCUGCCUCUGGAGGAGAAGUUGACCAAGAUAACACGCACAGGCCCUUCUGCUUGGGAAACCAAAAAGAUUCUGGCUGUUUCCUUUGCUCCCCUGGUCCAGCCCUGCCGCUCAGAGUCAGGAAAGUCCAGACUUGUCCAGCUACCACCACUUGCUGUGCGCAGCCUCCAGGACUUGGCCCGCAUUGCUAUCCGGGGGACCAUUAAGAAGAUCAUUCAUCAGGAAGCUUUGAGCAAAAGUGGAAAUGGACUAAAGAACACCCCCAGGUUUAAACGAAGGAGGAUCCGACGCCGUCAAAUGGAAACAAUAGUCUUUUUGGACAAAGAAGUCUUUGCCAGUCGUAUUUCCAACCCUUCUGAUGACAACAGCUGUGAAGACUUGGAAGAGGAACAUCAGGAAGAAGACAAGACCUCACUAGAAACCAAGCCAGACCCUCCGGUGAACGUCCUGCGUGAGAAGGUCCUGAGCCUCCCUCUGCCAGACCCCCUGAAAUACUACUUGCUUUAUUACAGAGAAAAAUAAAUCAUCCAACUGAAAAGGAGAAAUAAAGAACCAAUAUGAAGUCCAGUUGUGCUGCCUGUCUGCUACUGAGGGGUCUCCUGGGAGCAGAUGCCAUGGGAAGGAAACUGCUAUACCAUCCACAUUGUAAUUUUUCUCUUCUGGUUCUUGAUUGUUCUC